AUUCCCAUGUGAUCGCCCACAUUUGCUUACCACUUCACACUGAUCGCUCUUCACUGAAAAGUGCCUCAAUACACACACACUGCGAGAGCGAGCGAGCGAGCGAGCGAGCGAGAGAUAGAGUGGCAAAAGGUGACAAAAGGUGAAACCCUCGCCCUCAGGACCCCCGUCGUACUCUGCUCAGGGUCAUCACGAGGGAGAUAAAUCACGGUAACUCGGUGGCAAGUACGCAGUGGGCCGAGACUUUUUUACACAGGGAUAGAGAAUAAAUCCCCGUUACCCUGCGGACUCGAACCCAUGUUCUCAGUGGCAAACUUCCACGCCUUUACCAGCCGAGAUAACCCCGUGGGGCGAGCGAGAGAGAGAGAUAGAGAGAGAGAGAGAGAGGGGAAAAUGGAAGGGAAGGGGUCGAUGCUGGUGCACGUACUGGUAGUGGCCCUCAGUCUCACCGCCUUUGGCUUCGCCAUCGCCGCCGAACGCCGCAGGAGCACCGGUACUAUUGUAACGGACACUUUCAAUGCUUCAUAUUGCGUUUAUGAUUCAGAUGAAGCUACUGGUUAUGGUGUUGGUUCUUUCUUGUUUCUUCUAUCAAGUCAAUCUUUGCUUAUGGGGGUUACAAAAUGCAUGUGCUUCGGCAAACCUUUAGCACCCGGUGGAAAUAGAGCUUGGUCAAUUAUAUAUUUCGCCUCAUCAUGGGUAACAUUCUUGAUCGCUGAGUCAUGUCUAAUUGCUGGUGCUACUAAGAAUGCAUACCAUACCAAGUAUCGACAUGUCAUCUAUGCACAAAACUGGACCUGUGAGUCUCUCAGGAAAGGAGUAUUCAUUGCAGGUGCGGUCUUUGUGGUCUUCACUAUGAUUCUAAACGUAUACUACUAUAUGUACUUUGCAAAAGCAACCAAUCAGGCAGCUCGAAAGACCAACAAGUCUAGCUCAACUGUUGGAAUGGCUAGUUAUGCUUGACUGAUGGCCCAAACUUACAUUUCUAAGCCAGAGUUAGAAGUCUACACUAUAUAUCUGCAUCUUGUAUUGACUAAUUAUAUGAACUUAGGUUUGCGAAGAAGGUUGAUACUAGUAUAUAUUGGGGACCCUUCUCUUAUCAACAAUCAGUCUGGUUUCAUCUUUUUGCUAAAGUACCGAAGUUGUGAAUUUUAGUUAUGGUGUAACUAAUGGAUUUUGUGCAACCAAUGAUGCAUGGUUACUCCAUUGCAAUCUUUUAAGUGCACGGAUUUGCUAUGAA